AUGGAAAGUGAUGAAAAGCCCCAGGGUCUUCCUGCCAAGACUGCUGCAAAGGACUUUGGCAUCAGCAUUGGUGGCCGGCCUGGGUGGCUGGAGGAUGCCCAGGGCCCCCACCCGUACCCAGCCCCGCUGGGAGUCGCCAGCAUCACGGACGGCACCCAGGAAGCCCGAGUCCCCCUGGACGGGGCCUUUUGGAUCCCGAGGCCCCCGACUGGAUCUCCCAAGGGCUGCUUCGCCUGCGUGUCCAAGCCCCCUGCCCUGCAGGCUCCCGCAGCCGCAGCCCCUGAGCCCUUGGCCUCGCCCCCCAUGGCACCCACUCUGUUCCCCAUGGAAUCCAAGGGCAGCAAGACAGACAGCAUGCGAGCCACGGUGGCCCCCCAGGCCUGCAAGCACUCGGCUGAGAAGAAGAUUAUGAGCAACCCCACCACAGUGAUUGAGAUCUGCCCCGACACCACGGAGGUGAACGAUUACUACCUAUGGUCCAUCUUCAACUUUGUCUACCUCAACUUCUGCUGCCUGGGCUUCAUCGCCCUGGCCUACUCCCUCAAAGUCCGCGACAAGAAGCUUCUCAAUGACCUGAAUGGGGCCGUGGAGGACGCCAAGACCGCCCGACUGUUCAACAUCACCAGCUCUGCCCUGGCUGCUUCCUGCAUCGUCCUUAUCUUCAUCUUCCUGCGGUACCCGCUCACUGACUACUGA